GUUUUGUACAAUUUAAAAUAUUUUUCACAAUUCAAAUUUAUAAAGUUGAAGAACCAAAAGAGAAAAACGUCAAAAAUGUCUGGUAAAUCUAGAACAAUAUAUGGCUAGAAUGUUGCUAGACAAUCUAGUGGAAGUGGUGAAGCCCUGUCUUAAUACAUGCUGGGAAAGGGUCUAAUUGUUUUUGAUGGUUCAAUGCCGUUGUUUUGCAUAAAAGACCAACAAUACUGACGUGGCAACUGGCAAGUUAUUGAGGUUUUUGAAGGAACAACGUUGAAAUAACUUAUAAGCAAUGGCGGUAUAUUAAAUCUGUCGCAGUAUUUGAAAUCAUGGUGCUUUAACUGUGGAUUAGAAAUAAAUUUAAGCUUAUCUUAGUGAAAUUUUAUCUGACUGGCUUUUGCCAGUUUAAUAAAUGAAGAUGUCUUUUUGAUACUGGUAGAUUGAACAAAUUCAUCAGAUAUCGAGCGAGAAUAUAUAUUUAACCAAACAAACGGAUUUGUCCUUUGGUAUUUGAAGAUUCAAGAGUGUCACUCUUGACAGUCCAUUCCCUUUUGGCAGAAGAUAAGAGUCCAAAAACGUAUAAAUAAUAUAUUAAAUACAAAGCUGAAACGAUGAACACCAUGGAGCUAUUUCCGAAGACAACCAUGUCAACUACUUCAACGCAAGGUCUCAGGGAACAUUUUUUUCACCAUCCUGAGGAUUUUAUGGGAGUAAACUUAUUAACAUUAUUUACAAUGCUGUCAUCUGGGGCAAUGAUAUUUGGUGGUGUUGUACCAUACAUCCCACAGUACUAUGAAAUAUUCCAGACACGAAAUGCAUCUGGCUUCUCUCUGAAUGUUUGUUUGGCCUUGUUAAUGGCAAAUAUAUUAAGGAUAUUUUUCUGGUUUGGCAGAAGAUUUGAACUCCCCCUGCUUGCUCAGAGUUUCAUUAUGAUCUUCGCCAUGUUGAUGCUGUUGCACCUUUGUACAAAAGUGCUCAGAGAAUCCAAUUUGUCUGGAAAAAGAAGACGAUUUGCAGAUUUUCAAAUUAAAUAUUUUUGGAAGUGGUCAUUUUUCCUGGAUUAUUUCUAUGCUGUAAUUGUCUUCAUUUGCAUCGGUAGCUACGUAACGUUCUUGUUUCUUGAAUAUACCGUGUACACAGAGGUCAUUGGAUUUCUUGCGGUGUUUACCGAAGCAAUGCUUGGUGUGCCACAGUUCUACAAAAACUAUCAGAAUUACUCCACAUCUGGAAUGAGUGUAACAAUGGUAGUAAUGUGGCUGUCGGGCGACACAUUCAAGACUUGUUACUUCAUUGUGAGAGAGGCUCCGUUGCAAUUUUCAAUCUGUGGUUUGCUGCAGAUUUGUGUGGAUAUCGCCAUAUUACUGCAAGUCUACUUGUACAGGCGUAGCGGCAGGACGUCAAGGGAUUGAGCAAUGUGAUACUAAUCAUAAAAUUCAUACUUCGUCGUCGGUGGUAAAAACGUCGAACUGAGGGAGUUAACCCAGGCUGGGUUUCAAUCCUGGGCUUAAAUGUUCAAUUUUACAUGACGCAACUGCUAUUCUCUUUACGUGAAAUGGAACAUACGCAUUAGGGAACAUACGAAGGAAAUAUUGAACAUACGUAUUACAUGUAUUGCAUAUUCUUACCAUUUUUAAUAUUUAUGACAGUAUACUGCAGCGUACAGGCUUUAAAAUUCUGAAAUUCUGUGUAAUGAGCGUUGUUUAUAUUUAGAAUAUACUCACAUUCGCGAUUGAUCACGAUAGCAAAAUUUAAUAUCCACCUGACAGAUU